GUGGCUUUUAGCACGGAACUCACUCACGUGCCUUCAAUAAGCGCUAGUAAACCCUAGCCAGUAGCCAUACGCCCAUCGCCUCCUCACCGCCGCCGACUCAUCCGCAUCCUCAUCCCCAUCCGCCCAUCUGAGGCAAGCAUGGCAGGCGGCCGACGAGGCGGUGCCACGGGCGCCUUUACUGUUGCCGGAAAGUUCAAUCCGGUGCCUGAGUACGCUGUUACCUUCGUCCGCGACUACGACAUCAAGGGCAUCGGUGCCAUAUUGGCUAAAGCUUCCCCUUGCUCCAUGGAGGAACGGAUCGAACUCUUCAGAAAGAAUGUGGAACAAUUCAGGAAGCCUAAUGCCAUUGGGACAUUCUCCAACAAAGGCAAUGCCAUGGACAAGGUGGGCGAGGAGAGCGACGUCGAGGAGGAGGGGGAUUACGAGGUGGAUGAAGAUUCGGGCGACGGUAUGGAUGAAGAUGAGGAGAUACCUGAGCUGAUGGUUGAUGGCAGUAAACCUGCUACUGAUGGACAGCUUCAAGUCCAUAAUGAAGGUGAACGACAGUGCAAGAAGCUAAGAUUAGCAGAAGAAGGCUUUGGGUGGCAAGGGAAAUUUUGAGAGGUCGUUUUUCUGCUAAGGUGGGAAAUUCUGAGAGGUCGUUUUUCUGCAAGGGAAAUUUUGAGAGGUCGUUUUUGAUAUUUCUACCUUGUCAUCUCGCUUGAGUAGGUAUGUUUCCGAGGACAAAAAUGGACGGUAGUAAUGCCAUGACUAGCUAUCUUCUUUUUUAUGGUAUUGAUCAAAGCAAGUACUUUCUGAUUUA